AUGGCCUCGCUACGCAGCUCAACGAAGAGGCGUCUGUCCCCGAGCAUCCUUCACCCUCACACUUGCCUCCAGCUCUACCAGCAGCUGCAGAUUUACCGAACAGCCAUGCGUAAUGGUGUCGCUCCCAUGGUUGAGAAUAAGCUCGACCAUUUCCCGCUGGCCUUCCCUAGCAGCAUAACGAAGACACGUCCAGCGAUGACUGGGCUCAGCAGCAUUGACAUCGGCUCCACACCCAAUCAGCACCCUGCAGAGAUCCCAUUCGUGUGCUUAUGCAGCCAUCAGAAGCGGGGUUACGCCCUGCGCGUUGCGCUGUUCAAGGGUUGCUGGAUCGGUAGCUGCUAUCCAGCGACAGACGUCCUUACGUUUCCGGACAAUGGCGUAGUGGAGUGGACUUCGGCCGAUGUCGUUUAG